GAGGUCAGGUUGGGUGGGCGUGGUUUCGCUUGUCUUAUAAAGGCUAGACUACGCAAAGCGACAGGCAGUACAACGCUCAAUAAACGACCAAGAUGAAGUUUGCACUUGCUCUCCUCGCCCUCGUCGCCGUGGCCACCGCCCGCCCCGGCAGCGUCGUGGACCUGGACUUCGAUGACUUCCACGUUGACCAGGAUGUCUCCAACGAGGUGGUGCAAGGAACCUACAGCUGGACGUCCCCCGAGGGAGAGAAGUUCUUCAUCAAGUACAUCGCCGACGACGACGGAUACCGCGUCGUCGAGUCCAACGCCGUGCCCGUCACAAACGGCGUCGCCGCCGACGGCAACCAGGGAUCCUUCGACUCCUUCGAAGAUAUCUUCGACAGGAAGUAAGCCCAUCCGGAGCCGACCGACCGACCAACAGGCGCCCACACGGACCCUUCAGGCGUAUCUCGAGCGUCCCUCCGAAAUCGCUCUGGGUCGCGGGUCGCUGUGUGGUGCCUGAAUGUGGAUAAAGAAAAGUCGCCGUAAUUUUAGUAUUUAUCUGUUCAUAAAUUAUUUUUAUUAUUGUGUGCGUUCCCUCAAUAAAACUCAAAAUACUUUG